AUUUCCACAAGUCCACCAACGCAGAAACUAGCCAUAGGUACAGCGAUCAAUCUGACUUGUAUGGCGCAGCCAAGGAGUAUUGAUGCAGGAUAUUAUGAUAGAUGGACCAAGUAUAUUCAGUGGUACGAUCCACAGGGCAGGCCAGUUGGACAUAAAUGUGUGCAGGGUAGAAGAAUGGUGUUAAAACUAAGAUGUACAUUAAUGCUCAAAAAGCUGACGGCAGAGAAACUCGGAGGCUACACGUGUGAAGCAGGAAAUCCAUAUCGUAAACACUGCAGAAGAAAAUCAGUCGAAAUUCGUCCGCAAGAAAACCAAAACAUUUACAUCGUUGAAGAUCCGAAAAGUCAACGCGUUUUUAUCAACUCUAAUGUUACUCUGAACUGCAGUGCUACCGGUCAACCAAAACUAACCAUCUUAUGGAUGAAAAAUAAUGAUUCAUAUGCUCUACAAACCAACAAAACCAGCCCAAGAUUAGAGGAGAAGAUUAUUUUGUUAGACAACAAAACUGUACUCAGUCAGCUAUUAUUGACAGGAACUAAUAUGGAAGAUCAUGGAAGAUACCACUGCGUCGCCAAUAACGACAUCGAAAAACGGAUAUCACCAGUGGCCUUUUUACACGUAGUAGUUCAAGACCCUAAGUUCAGUCAAAGAUCCAAAGAACCAAAGUGUUCCUGCACCGUCAGUGGUGAUCCGAACCCAAGCAAUUAAUGGCUGAUGGAUAAUGACCUGUAUUUUUGUGCAAUCCAACCUAAUGGCCAGGCUCCAUUGAACUUUUGGUACUAAACCACAAAUACCAAUGCAUUGAUAUUACAGAUUUCCUUUUCGAGAAUUACAGAUUUUGAGUUAGUUUAAAAAAUAACUGAUUUCUAUUUCUAUUUCGUUUUGUUUCGUUUCGCAAACUACAGUAUGCCCUCGCUACGAAUCAGCGAGAAAUAAAACAAUGGUUAUAUAGUAUUAAUGUGUGUAUCAAUUUUAAGAAGAGUAAAUAGGGUCUGCGUAUAUCUUGUUCAGAGUAGGUAUGGGUGAUUGUGAGAACUAUUUUCUCUCUUACCAAAGUAAAAAAAAACAUAUACUUGGUAACAAUUGGCUUCUUUGAAAAAUCCAUUUUUUAUUGGAAUUGAACUAUCUCGAAUGAACUGGUCUGUAUAUGUGUACAUGUGUACUGUUGAUUUCCUAGCUAGUAACUAUAAGUUUGAAAGCGAUAGAGUAAGGGAGCCUGUUCGAAUUGGUGCCCCUUUUUGGAGGCUUUCGUAUGUUUAUUCUUGAGAUUUUUUGACCAUCCUUGGGAAUAAAGACUAUCAUAAUUCUUUUGCAAAU